GUACGGAGUCACGACCAGGUGUUAUUCCGCAAGCUGUCGAUGCCGUAUUUGAAUACAUCAAGGAGUGUAAAGAGAGAGAGUUUUUACUUCGAGUUUCUUAUAUGGAGAUAUAUAAUGAAACCGUACGCGAUUUGUUAUGUCCCGAAACUGAUGAUUUACGGAUUCACGAAGACAAACGCCGUGGUGUGUAUGUAAGUCCUCUAAAAGAAGUCGUGGUAUCGACACCUAAACAAGUUAUGAAAGAAAUUUCAAAAGGAGAAGCUAAUCGUCAUAUGAGCGCAACUGAUUGGAAUGAAAGAAGUAGUCGGUCUCAUACCAUUUUUCAGAUGGUAGUCGAAAGUACUGCUAAAGGUUCAUUGCCACCUAGACCAAAUCGUUAUUCUACUGCAGGACAGAAAGCAUCUGCUUCUGUUUCGUUAUCUGUUUUGGUAAAAGCUUUAAAUGCUCAAAUGUUUGAUUUAGCUGGUUCUGAAAAAGCUGCUUCUUCGGCUGAUCGUCGAAAAGAAGGCGCUUAUAUUAAUAAAAGUCUUUUGACACUUGGUACUGUGAUCUCAAAAUUAACGGAUAACUCUGGUGGUCAUGUCCCAUUUCGUGAUUCCAAAUUGACUCGAAUUCUUCAGAAUUCUCUCAGUGGGAAUGCUCGAGUUUCUGUAAUUUGUACUAUAUCUCCUUCUGCGAUAAAUCAUGAAGAGUCUCAGAACACUUUAAAAUUCGCGUCCAGAAUAAAAAAAGUGGUUACUAAAGCACAUACAAAUGCGGUAAUGGAUGAUAAAGCUCUAUUGCAGAAAUAUCGUAUGGAAAUUGAGGAGCUUAAAGCUAAACUUGAAAGAACUAAUGAUGCAAACUAUAAGGAGAAAGAGUCUGAGUUAUCUCAAAUGUUGCAACAAGAAAAGGCCAAAGUUAGUGAAUUUGUUCAACUCGAGAGUCAACUUGAAGCAAAGAAUGUGACAAUCAACCUACUUAAAUCUGAUGUUGAAGGCAAGGAUAGGAUGAUUAACGAUUUGAAUGUGCAAUUGAAAACUGCUGAACAAUCAAUAAGAGAAUUAAAUGAUAGAUUAAAGGCAAAAGAUGACGAAUUACAAAGCCUUCGUGAUGAAAAUCGCGAGUUGAAAAUUGCUGCUGAAGAGCAAUUAGGGAAGAUUA